AUGGGCUUGGGAAAUAAUGCAAGUUGGAUGAUACAUGGAAAUGAAACAUCGAAGCUGCUGCGGCCACUUCCACAAAACGUCAAUCACAUGAAAAAUACAGCAAAAACCGAUUGUAAUUCCAACCAUAUCAAAACUCCCAUCCCACCCAAUUUCCAGCAUCACAGGGAUCCAGAUACAAAGAUUGAUGUUUUUUUCCAACAAAACAAAAAAAUCUCUUAUUCGAAUUAA